ACUGCAACGAAGGAAGUUAUUCGCAUAACUGGUAUGGGAGGGAUUGGCAAGACCGCUCUCGCUAAAUUGGUAUUUCAUAUUGCUGAUGAUGAUAACUCAUUAGAGGAUCCUUUUGUAAUAAAAAAAUGGGUAUCCAUGUACGGUAAAUCAAGCAACAAAGAGAUAUUUUGUGACAUCUUGGAAUCUAAUGCAGACCGCCAGUCUAGCUUAAAUGUCAUUCAAGAGCACCUGAAAGAGAGGCUCAAGGUGGGGAAAUGCCUGAUAGUACUCGAUGAUGUAUGGAAAAAUCAGGGCAUCGAUGUAGAGGAGUUGUUGAAAGAUCUUUUGUCUCUGAGUUGCCCUGGAAGUAAAAUUCUCAUGACUAUGCGAAGUGCUGAAGAUAUUCCUCCGAUGACUUAUUGUCGAUACAAGAUCUACCAAUUACAAGUUUUACCUGAAGAUGACUGUUGGUCUAUGAUUAAGAAAAUCGCAUUUGGACAUGGAGGUGCAACCGAAACCACAAAUCUGAUCAACAUAGGGAAGCAAAUUGCGAGCAGGUGUGGAGGUCUUCCUCUCGCUGCAAAGGUUCUUGGGGGUUUGCUCUACUCAAGAAAGAGUGAAAAAGAAUGGUUAGAUAUCAAAAUUUGGAAUCUCCCACAAAACGAAAAUAAGAUCAUCCCUAUAUUGAAGUUGAGUUAUGAUCACUUAUCGCCAGAAGUGAAACGAUGCUUUUCGUAUUGUUCCCUUUUCCCAAAGGGCCAUAGAUUUGUGAAGAAGGAACUGAUCCGAAUGUGGAUGGCAGAAUCGUUCCUUAACAGUCGCCCGGAACCAAAUGCAUCACAAGAAACUAUAGGUAACGAAUAUUUCAAGAUUUUGUUGCUCAACUCUUUUAUCCAGGAUGAGUACGCUCAGUACAAAAAGCAUUGGGAUUGGAAGGAUAGUAAGACAUUCAUAAUGCAUGAUCUUGUGCACGAUCUUGUGAUGUCAGUCGCUGGGAGUGAGUCUCGGAUGGUAGAGGUAAACACAGAUGCUGAUCCGGAAGUUAUUGAGCAAUAUGAUAAGAGUCGUCGCUUAGGGUUACAUUAUGUUGGUGAGAAGGUCUCAGCAAUUCCCUCGGAGAUUUAUAAAGCCUCCAAACUACGCACUUUUGUUGUUUCUCAUCAUCAAAAGGACGAUGACUUCAAUUAUUACAAUCUCAAAUUAAAUCAGCAGAUCUUCAGCUUCAAUUUACUAAGGGUUUUAAGUCUAAAUCACACAGAUAUUAAAAAGUUGCCUGAAUCAAUUGGCGAACUGAGGCAUCUUAGGUAUCUUGAUCUCUCAUAUACCUUCAUUGAAUCUUUACCUAGUUCUUUCAUUCAGCUCUACAAUUUGCAAACCCUUAGGCUCCUUGGGUGUGACUUGACAGAGCUUCCGGACGACAUGACAAAGCUGAUCGGUUUGGAAUAUUUUUCAUACAAUUCUAUAAGCCUAGAGGACCCUGCGUUUACUAGAAUGCCAAAAGAGAUGAGCAGAUUUAGUAAACUUAAAAAAUUAUCUAUAUUUGUUGUGGGAAUAGGCGAUGGUUAUGGCAUAGAAGAAUUAAAAGAUCUAAAUCUCCUUGGAGGUAAAUUGACGAUUUCAAGUUUGGAAAGAAUAACAGAUGCCACGCAAGCCAAUUUAAAAGGGAAGAAAAAUAUUUCGUUCUUACGACUGCGUUGGGAUCCAAUAAGUUGUGAGGAUUCCGGUAGAAUCACCAAAGAUACUGAGGUGAUAAACGGUCUCCAACCUCACCCAAAUCUAAUAGAGUUAGAAAUAUAUGAUUUUGGUGGUUCAGAGUUCCCUACAUGGAUGAAUACUUCCAUACAUCUUCCGAAUUUGGUAGCUAUUAGUCUAUUUAGUUGUGUAAAGUGUGAACAUCUUCCUGCACUUGGACGACUACAAUCUCUUAGAUAUCUUUAUAUGUAUCAGAUGGCAGCUAUUAAACAAAUUGGUCCUGAGUUCCAUCAAAGUAAUGAAGAAGCAUCAAGAAGUGAAGAAGGAUCAUUCCCUUCUUUGCUUAUUUGAUUUCUUAAAUUUGGAAGAAUGGUCAUCAACAUCUAGUUUCUCUCGCCUAGAAACAUUGAAGAUCCUCGAGUGCUUCAAGUUAUCAACCACACCGACUAUAUUUUCAUCUCUCAAACACUUGGAUUUUAGAAUUCAUCUAGAAAAUAAACCCUUGCUUAGUACACUACCUCUAAAACUACUCCGGGGCGCCAACAACGUUCUCCAGUCUUUAGUGGUUUAGAUAGUGAGGAGCAGCAGCAGCAUUAUCAACCAGAUCAUGCUCCUAACAAUUUUCUUUCCAAAAUUGAAAUUUUGAGAUGCCCUUCUCUACGGUCGUUGCCUCCAGACUUCUGGGGAUUGAAUCAUCUGACCUAUUUGGCUAUUGAAGAGUGUAGUAGUGUUACAUAUUUGCCAGAUGGUAUCCAACACCUCCCGGCACUUGAGACGCUGAUACUUGGUGGAUUUUCAGAGGACUUAAUAUCUUUUCCAUUCCCAGCAGCCAAUGGAUCAGAUGAUGAACAAUACUUCGUUUCCCUCCGUCAAUUGAGGAUAUGCGGGUGGCCUACUUUAAGGGAUGUGUUGCCAGACCAAAUUCAACUCCUCACUUCAUUACAGUUUCUCGAAAUAAUUGGUUUUCCUUGGCUGUUGAGCUUGCCUGAGUGGUUUGGAGAACUAUCUUCCCUUCAAAGCUGCGAGGAGCUAAGGAAUCUUCCUUCUGAAGAACAGAUGAAGCGCCUAACCUCUCUACAACAUUUAAACAUUUGGUACUGUCGACUUUUGCAAGAACUAUGUCGUUUGGGCAAUGAAGAAUCGCGUAAGAUUGCAGACUUCAACCUCAUACAAGCUAGCACAAGUCAUUCCCAAUAUGAGAGAAUGGGUGAUCCGAUAGUGAGGAAGAGCAGAAAGGGAAAGGACAAGUUCUGAAAGCAUGCUCUUUACAAUAAGAAUAUCGACAACUUUUGAAUUGUAAGUUUCCAAAACCUGUUACCAAAUUAAGCUUCCAGAACCUGAUAAGUUACAACUUUUGAAUUGUAAGUUUUACUAAUAAUUAAUGUUUGGUUAACUUAAAUACUAAGUUCUAUCUUUGGUUUCAAUCUGUUACCAUUGCCACAUUACCCAUAAUAGAAAAUGUCAAGAUCCUAAAAUCAGUAUAUCCAACUUUUCAUAAGCCAUAGCUUC